GGGGCGCUCUGGACCUUGCUUUAACACGGACAGCACUGACUGAACGGACAGAGAGCUUUGUGCUGAAAACUAAGCCCAACCUGUGUCAGACUAAUGAAUUAAAACGGCCCACUUGAGAGGUAAAUACUAACGAGGAAACGCUCGGCAAAUAUCAUGCAGUUGUAGUAGAAGUUAUGUGCUUGAAAACGGCUAAUCUUUGCAUUUCUUUGGCAGCUCAAAACCAACCGUUAGGGCAAGUUGUGUUAAAAGAGGAGGGCUCAGGGCGACGGUAGCAACCCUGCUCUCUCUGUUAAACAGCGACAGUACGGAGCGAUGCGUUGAAGUUGAAAAAAGAUAGUAACAAGUAAAUUUGCUUCAUAUUCUAACUUCAUAAAGUAGUUGCAUUUGUUGUAAACACCUGUUAUUGGCUGUAAGGAUGGGUAUUUAAGGCAGUGGUAAUGGGCUACUUCACUUCCUCUGUGAUUGUCUGUAGCUGGAGAUGUGAUGGGUAUCUGAAUAGUUUGCGGCCUAGGCUAGCAAAGUAGGCUAACCAGUUAGCCAACACGGCUAACUUGUAUUAGCCUCUCGAUGCUAACAUUGCUUCCUUCCCGCAAAUGCUAACUGUUUGUCAACGGUGUUUCUACUGCGAGGAGCUUGCUAGCUAAUUUCAUAACAUGUAUGACAGUGGACGUACACCGGCAGUUUUGAUGCUGUUUUAAAGUCGCUUCCGCACAACUGAGCCGUUCAUAGAGCUGUAAGGUUACACGGUAUGCUGUUGAACAUGUUUGAUCAGUUGUGCUACAUUUGAUGAAAAAUUGACGUAAAAUACGGAGCUAGAGGUACUUUAGCAUGUACGCUAAUAAUAUGCACGAUGCUGGCUUAAUAUCCGCUCAACGUCUAAAAAGUUUUCAAGAUUAUAACAUCGUUAAAUAUACAGCAUUUUUAUUAUGAGAUUAAUCGGGGUUAAUGAAAAUAGAUGAAAGUGAACGAUGCUUAUUGCGAGGUUUUUGGUAAGUGCGGUAGCAUGGUUGUGUUGAACUUUUGUUUUCUGACCCAUAGAGGCCAGUAGAAGACCGUGUGGAUCAAACAUCAACAAGCAUGGAGUUCCCGCAACAGCAAAAACCGGCGGGGGACGGAAAGAUAACCUAUCCUCCCGGAGUUAAGGAGAUUACGGACAAAAUCAGCAACGAUGAGGUGGUCAGACGGUUAAAGGUAAGAUUAUACGGAUUCCCUCUCAGUACUUACCGUCAGAUUUGUAUUUGCAGACCUUAACCUCAUUCAUCAGUAUUCAUGCCUUGGCAUAAUGCCAAUAACCUGCCUAACUUUGUGAACUACUGCACACUGACCAGUCAGAAUAUGGUGAAUACCUGGGCAAGCCAAUACAUGAGCUCUACCACAAACUCUUCUGUAAGGAGUCUGCUAAAUUUUCAGAAAAAUUCAACUUGAGCUUCAUAUUUCAUGUUAAAGUGAAAUUCCAGCGUAACAUUAAUUUAGGGUCAAACACACUGUAACACUAAGUUAGACACCCCCUCGAGAGGUGAAUGUUGCCAACCGCUUACUUCUCUAGUUAUACCAACUUUAGUAACGACCGCACGAUAGCAAUACACAGAGGUCAGAGGAGCCAUAAACAAACCUCAACCAAAAUGCCACAGAUAAUGCUCAGAACAGCAGCUAACUUCAUCAACAGUACAAAUAGGGUCCCAGCCACAGCACUAGCCACCAAACAUCUUUUUAACUUUACCUGAUUUCUUUAGUAAAGAGACUAAACACAACCCACCUACUCUCUUCCAGCAGCCACUUGUUUGUAGGGAGACCUCAGGCCAGUCCAUUACGGACUACUGUGGGGUGACUCAGCUGAAGGAAGAACAUUUGUGAUCAUUUAUCAUUUCCUUGAAGUAAUAAUCACCAUAUCAAUCAUUUUAAACUGCAGACACGGUAGUUCUUCUGCCUUAGUGUCUCGGUCUGAUUGCAUUUCCGCGAAGAAAUGAUCAGAAAUGUUCUUCCUUGAGCUGCGCCAACCCGCUGUAGUCUGUAAUGGACUGGCCUGAGGUCUCGCUACAAACAAGCAGCUGCUGAAAGAGAGCAGGUAAGUUGUGUUUAGUAUCUUUGCUAAAGAAAGUAGGCAAAGUUAAAUUGAUGUUUGGUGGCUGGUGCUAUGGCUAUCUGUCCUGUUGAUGAAGUUAGGUGCUGUUCUGAGCAUUAUUUGUGGCUAUAGAGUGGUGUUUUGGUUGAGAUUUGUUUAUGGCCCCUCAGACCACUGUGUAUUGCUAUCGUGCGGUCGUUACUAAAGUUGGCAUAACUAGAGAAGCAAGCGGUCAGCAACAUUCAACUCUCAAGGGUGUGUCUAACUCGGUGCUAGGGUGUGUUUGACCCUAAAUUAAUUUUAUGCUGGAAUAUCCCUUUUAAAGAAAUUUAUUUAGUGGAUGUUAGUGAAGCACUGGAGUGUGUGUUAUUGAAAGGUGUCCCUUAUACCCAGCUCUAUACAUUGACAAACGUGAGGGGUGUAAAAAAUAGGGAACACCUUUCAAAACAAUGCACUUUAGUACACCACCAACACUCACUAUAACCUAUUCUAUAAGAGUAGAAUAAGCUGUUUUCAAGAAAAUACGAGGAUCCUUGACCAAGAAGUUUACCAGACUAUACUGCCUCAGGGGGCCGUUCAUGAUGUCAAAUAAAAGGCUGCUGUAGUCAUGAUGUUUGACAAUCCUAUCUAAGAUUGAAACCACAGAUCCUUUAAUGUAAUUCUUUAUACAUUUGAAUUUACUAUCUCUUUUGUAAUUUUUAUCAGUGUGAUAGGUGGUUGGACAUAUCCACAGUAUCAACAGAAAAGGAAAAUAUACAUACUGAAGUGGAGUAGCUAGUAGAAUCUCAUGACCUUUUUAUGUUAUCUUUAUCCCGUCACAUGCUGCUCUUCCAAGUUCAAAACGGUGUUUUAUGGAACAGUGUUUUUGUGCAUGUGGUAGAGCUGUCACAUUGGGUUGCUAAGGUGUUCAAAAUAUCAUGGCUGGUCAGUGUAUAUCAAUUCAGAGGCUGUUCUUAACACGGAUUGCUCGCCCUGCUGUUUUUGAUUGUUUUUGGCAUUAUUGCUAUGAUAGCAAAAUAUUGAAGUGGUGCUGAACUUGGGUGUGUCAUGAUAGUUUUCUGAAGUCUAUAAGUUUUGUAGUUUUUUAUAGUCUUUUGGUUUCUAUUAAAGGCUGAAUAAAUGGGACAAUCCCAAAGUGAUGGUUCAAAAACUGCAAACAUAAUACACUGACCUGUGUUUGAGUUUAAUCCUGUUUUGUUAAAGACAAUAAACCAACUCAGUGCUUAUAAACGAUUUCCCUCAUAGUUUAUGUAAUAAACUUAUUUUCUGGCACUUUUUAUUAAGCAUCAUCAUUCCCAAUAAUCCAAUACUCAAUCUCCUGUUAUCUUUGCCUUUAAUUUUUGCCAACUCGACCUCGGAGGGGCACAGGUUGAUGAUGAGUAGGUUAUGUGUAACUAGCUUUUGGACUUUUUGACCAAAAACAGAUGUCAGUUAAAGCCAAAAACAAAGUUUGAAGUUGAAAAUAUGUAAAUGACAUUUAUAAGGAAAGAUUCUCCAAAGUCAGCUGAUUCUCUUUAGGUUCGUGAUCAUCAAUGACCACAGCGCACACGUUUUCUGUUAUUUGACUCAUAAAAAUGUUCGCUUCUGACCUUUAGGACAUAGGCGUUCAGCAUCAUACCAACCUCUCCUCUUCACCUAUUCCACAGGCCUAAGCUUUUUUAAACUUGGUAUCACUGCACUUAAGUUUGCUCUGAUCCUGUGACUUUUCUUAAUCACAUUAGACAGACAACAACACUAAUACUGAAAUGACUUCUUAACUGUUGAACGAGCAGCCCUGUGACUAUUCAGCGCAGAAGCCUUGGCAUGGGUAAGCUGGUCAGUUGUGCUCAGUGAAAGGCUCUUGAUGUUUACAGAUCCCUUUAAUCUCUGUUGUGUACUGCUCAGAGUUAGAGAGGCUGACUACAUGUACAGUAAUCUAGCCACCUGAUUUGUGGUGACAAUCUAGAUAUGUGUAAUACUACCAGAAGGGCAACAAACCAGCAGCAGUCAGCUUCUACUGUGAGGCUGGAGGCUCAUUUAUUCAGUUAUUUCAUAUACAGUGUUCUCUUAUCAAAAGUGAUUCUGAUAUUGAAGAUCUCGUACUUUGUGCCUGAAUUAGCUUUUAUUUUCUUCAAAUUUUUUGAGGAAGUUUUGUACUAAAUUGUAGUUGAGAGGGGGUUGUGAUUCCACUUUCACUUCCGUACUUUACUUUAUUCGCCACCAUCAGUUCAAUCACUGCACUGUAAUUUUUCUCUCAUCAUUGUUACAGUUUAUUAGAAAUCCUGAUUCCUUCACCCCAGCUUAUAUGUUUAAAAUGUACAGAGAGGAAAACAGUUUCUGACAUGCCCUGGGGGAAUAAUUCCCUUGCAGUUUUAUCAGAACACAUGAAAGUGCUUGCAUUUUAGUUUUAUAUGAUGCUGUAGUCAACCAAAGAUUGUCGUGGUAGACCAAAUUAGUGAACCUAAUUAGUGGCAGUGUACCCUGGUUAUUAAGGUCCUUACCGCAGCUGACACGAAUAUAGAACGCGAAAUUACGAAAUAUUCGGAGGAGAAUUUGGACGCGCCUCUCGCUUCCACCCAGGACGCUGGUUUUUAAGGGAAGGUCCCGCCCUCCUUCGCCUCUGAUUGGCUAUAAGUACUGACUGUUUGGCUUGAGCGUGUGAUGACGUUUCCAGCUUUUCUAGCCAAUCAGAGGCGAAGAAGGCGGGACUUUCCCCCGGGAAAGUCUUCCCCGUGAUGCAUCUUUCCCCCCUCGGAAAGUCGCAAAAUCUAUAUUCCCCGUUCUGUUUUUGUGUAGGCCCCGAUGUGUAAGGACCUUUAGUCUGAACUUUUAAGAGAAGCGUCUACUUGCCUAAAUUCAUAUCUGAACUGUCUUGCCCUGAAAAACAUGAAAUUUAGAAAUUGAUUGUGCAGAAAUUUGGAAACUUCAAGUCUGUAUCAACAGUCUGUAGGAAUGUAACUAUUCUGUUGAUGGAAAGCAGCUUUCAUGCACACAUCAUCUUCUGACAUUAAGCUCCCUAGCACUGUCUUUAUUAUUUUUUCAUUUAAUCAUCAUUCCCAGCCCCAGUGUUAUCAGUGUGAACAGACAGACCCCAAGAACACAGAAACUCACAGCUUUAGUUCAUAAAUGGACAAGCAACAUGAUUUUUAAGUUGAAAUUGAAGCAAACUUGAGCUGGUGCCUGUUACUUUAAAUAUGAGACUCAGCUUUUUAUUUUUUUUGUCUGGAUGUAUCUGGUGUCUCCUUACUCUGAAACAGGUGAAGAGGAUGUUCUGCAGUUAAUGUUUCAAAGACAACAAUGUGGCUUUAAUUAAAUCAAAUGCCUUCACAUAAUCCAAUUUUGCCUAUAUUUAUACAUAACGCCCACAAAGAGUUAAGUGCACAUUGGACAAACCAUCCAAUCACAGACAAUCUGGUUCAACUAAAAAGAAACUCAUGCUCCCUGUUCUUAGAUUAUAUGACUUGUUAGUUGUUAAGCUGGGUGAAGUAAACAGCUGUUAGAAAAGUUCCUACCUGACCUCCUUUUCACAUUUCCCUGAAAAUGUUGCCUCACCGUUGAGUUUUUUUUAAUUGUCAGCAGACUCUGAAUUGCUCUCAUAAACAUGGAUCUGUUUACUAAAGCAUAAGAUUGAUAACAAAGUAUACUUCUAUAGUUUUUUAUCUUCUACUCACUGUUUACUGAGACAUCAUCAUUUGAAAAUAAAACACACCAGGUUCCCCUCCCACCCCUGCAAAUAAUGGAUUAGGUUAUUCUGUCCUUUCAAAGUGACACAUGCGCUCAUUAGUCCAAUGAGAUUUUGGUCACUAAUCAACUAACCAACUAGAAGGUGUCAGCCUGUUUUAUGUUGUGCCAUUAUUACUCUUCAACAUUUAGCUGAAACUUUUCUUUUGGUUCCAGACUUUUUAGACGCAUCAAUCUAAGUAGUCUUACAUAUUCUAAGAGAUAAACUCAGUCGGCGUUAACUGCAGUAAAGUGAGAUUGCAUAAACACACACUCUACAGGCCCACUCUUGUCUGUGUGGAGAGCCUUCAUCAGCUAGGUUGUGCCUGUUGCAGCUAAGAACAGUGGAGGGUUUGGGUGAGUGUGUGUGUAGGAGUGAGAGUGUGGUGCUCUGCAGUCUGUUUGAGCUGUUGGCCCAUCCCCCACCCUCACUGGCUGCCUGGCUGUUCAGUGAGCUCUGCUGCUGCUCUGCUUUGCCUCCCUUUCACUUGCUUAUCCUCCUCACAGGAGAAACAUGGUGGCCUGGUGUUUAUCCAUAAGAACUGCAGUGUCUAAAGUGUUCUUUUGUGUACAGGAGUAUUAAUACCUUAUCCAGAUACAGAUUUUUGAUAAGUCGUGUCAUUUUACUCGUGGUGCUUUUUCAUUUUGCUGUAAUACAACCCAAAUUUAAAAGGGAAUGAAAGUUCUUUGGGAGGACUCAUUCGUUUAGGAUCAGCAUUAGUUGAUAUAAGUUUGUGUUCAGCUCCCUGAAAGGCAAAGCACACUUUCCAGGUGUGUUUUUUCUUGAAUGUCUAAUCCUUUAAAAUGUGUGUUACAAAGUUGAUUAUUAAGCCUGAUCUCUGAUCCAUCGUUUGUGUCAUGAUAGUUUAUGGCUUUCGUGUCAGUCACUGUAAAAUCAGGUACAACUGUUCUUGUUCAACAAGCUUUGAGCGUUAAUUAGGCUGUCAAAAAAGACUCUCGAUAAGUGUUUAAGCCUCUCCCGAUUCAAGAGAUAACGGAUACUUUCUAAUCCCCCGAUGUCCUCUCCUCCUUUACUCUUAAACCAGACUCAUCUCUUUAAAAAAGGAUCCAAGUGGUCAGAUGGCCCCCUGUUUAUUUUGGAGAAAGUAUCCCAAUCCUGUUUGCCCAUUGCAUGUAAACUGGGACAAGGACCCAGUCCAGUUAAAUCGCCUACUCAAGCUUAUGGCUGUAUCCUUGAUAACUGUGUGCAUGUAAACCUACUGACUGUUCACCAGACGGAGCGUCUAGGGUUAGGAAGCUGUGUAAUUAUUUCAUUUAAUGUUUUAUUGGUUGUUAAAAUGAUUAGGCACACUGUGUAAUAUUCCGUAUACAACAUAGAAAAGAUGUUUGUGCUCAUUGUUGUUUCAACAUUUAGUUUGCAUAUGCAGUUCACGCCCCACAGCUGUAGGAGUGCAUACAGGCAAACUCAGUUUCCUGUUUUGAAUCUCUUUUUAAAAUUCACUUCUAUCAUUUGGCUUUUUCUUGACUGCCGGCUUUGUCCUCAUCCCUUUCACCUUUAUAACUUAGUAACUAUAACAGUUAACGGUUUUGUUAUUGUUGUAAUUUGAUUUAAAUGUGUUUCACUGUUCAGUAAUUUGAAAAGUUUUUGUCAGCCUGAAUACAAAGAGGGAGAAGCAUCCAGGGCAGAAGAAAAAAAUCUGUCCAGGGGACACCAUCAGGGUGGAGUAGUGUCUGCUUGCCUCUUUUCAAUAACACCUUUACAGUCUCGUUCAUUACAUCUAUUACUUACUUCCUCCCUGCUCUUUAUCCCUCAGGAUGGGAUUGUCCAGUAUUAAAAAUGAAAAGCAGUCUUCUUCACUGAGUAAAUACAAACAUUCAUUAAGCCUAUGCUGUGUUUUUUCAUGUACACCCAGCUGUACUGCAUAGACUAAGUCUUCACACACUGGAACAGUAGACACGUUUUAAAUGAGACAGUAAAGAAACAUGAAUCAGUCGAUUGUUGGACAGAGGGAAAGAGAAACUUUGGGUUCACUUUUCCUGAUGAUGUUAUUAGUUUAUAUAUUUAAGAGGGCUGGUAUAGGGCUGGGCGAUAAGUCAGUUUCACGAUAUUUUGAGCAGCUCACCUUGAUAACGAUAAAUGGACGAUAACUACUUCACAAGCUGCUCACCCUCUCCCACAUUACCGUACAUUUUUUCGCACUGUAAGGUGCACCGGAUUAUAAAGCACAUUAAACCAAACACAACAGUUAGAUAAGUCAAACUUUAUUUAACUUAUUCAAUGACUCCGCAAGGCUACGGUAGCUGCAGUGCUCCAACAAACGAAAUAAGUGUGCCUUAUAGUGCGAAAAAUACGGUAACUUCAUCUACUUCAGCCGCUACAACUUUCUCUCCGUCCUCCAUCUCCUCUCCUGUCUUUCCCUCUUUGUUACGGACUGAAUGGGGUGGAGUCACGUCUCUGACGUAGGACAGCGUCUUAAAGGGACAUGAGACCAUAGCCUACCUUCACACAUCCAAAACCAACUUUGAUUUAUUUAUUUGACACUGAAUAUAUUGACAUGGCCAAAAUGAUGUUGGUUAGUGUUGUAAAUUUCGGUAUCGGUAAAUUUUCGGUUUAUCGCUCAGCCCUAUCAUGGAACCACUGGACAGAUUAUGUUCAUAAUGGACUUUUGUGCACAAUCCACAUGUUGGAAUGGCAUAUGAAAGUUAGUUGAGAUUAAAUUUCUUGAUAAUCAGUCGAGCAAGGAGUCUGUUGCUCCGUGAUCGUUGAGUAACACAUUGCCAGCUAGUUGUGGACAAAUGACACUUGCUGCCGGAAGUGUGUUUGGUAUUUGGUACUUGGUGUUGGUGUAUCCCACUCAAUAUAAAGUGCUUCUGUCAAAACUUAAAUAUCAGGUUUUUUGUAAGGAUGACAGUACAAUGUUUUUUCAUCUGUGUGUUGUUUCUCUUCUAAUUCUCCUCCUUCCUCGUUGCUUCGUGUCAUAGAUGGUGGUGAAAACCUACAUGGACAUGGAUCAGGACUCUGAGGAGGAGAAACAGCAGUAUCUCGCCCUAGCGCUCCACCUCGCCUCAGAGUUUUUCCUCAGGAACCCAAACAAAGAUGUACGGUUACUGGUGGCGUGCUGUUUAGCCGACAUCUUCAGGAUCUAUGCUCCAGAGGCUCCCUACACCUCCCACGACAAACUCAAGGUCAGGAAUGAACCCCGGACUGAUGACUAGAUGAUUUCCUUACAAAGGAAUAAUACUUCUAAACAGGCAGAGCAUCUCAGUUUGUCUUACUACACAAAUGUACAACUUUUUUGUCAGUAAGUCACAGGUUUAAGUCACUCCAAGUCAGUCUGUUGUUUCUAAGGCCAAAGUUAGUUUUAAUUACAGUUUGCACCAUAUAUCAGCAGAAUGAAAGCCCUUACCACUCUGUUAGCUGCAGGGCCUUACUUCAGCAUUUGAGUUCAAUUCAUUUAAGCUGUUCUUGAAGAGUUUUGAUAUGAACCUUUCUUUACAAAAUUUAGAAAAAGUAGAAGAUAUUUGUUGGUUUACAGAGUAACAAUGGUCAUCUAUUGGAUAUCUUUUGUUAUUAUGUAUCUGUUAUUAAGUUUGAGGCCAAAUCUGAUGUGUUCAGACUAAUGAAAUCACAUGCUCAAGUAUUUUCUCUGGUCUCCAGGAAAUCUUCCUGUUUAUCACCAGACAGCUUAAAGGACUGGAAGACACAAAGAGCCCUCAGUUCAACAGAUACUUCUACCUGCUUGAGGUAAUAUACACUUAUGAGUUGGAAAACAUGAAGGGAUAAAUGUUUGUUUGGUAAUUGUCAUGGAAGUGAUGAAACUCUAAGUUGGUGUUGAAGAAAUAAUGUUUUUAUAUCUUUCUCUAGAACCUGGCGUGGGUGAAGUCGUACAACAUAUGCUUUGAGUUGGAGGACUGCAAUGAGAUUUUCAUCCAGCUUUUUAAAACUCUUUUCUCCGUCAUCAAGUAAGAAUCAUCCAUCUGUUUAGAACCUCUUUAUUACAGCACUGUUUGAAUGAAGUCACGUAAAUGUUGAGGCUAACAGCUAGGGGUCGGAGUAAAAAUCGGUACAGCAUAUUAUCCCGAUAUUUUGUCUAGUGAUAUAUCGUAUCAUUUACACAGGAUUGAUUUUUUACAAAUUAAUUGUUAAUAUGAAGUCAAAUCUAUGAUAAUGGAAAAAUAAAAUCAACUGUUUGUCCAGUUAGGUCGGCAGAGGUGACAUCUAAGAGCAGGAGAAAGUUAGUACAACAAAUAUAUAUAUAUAAGGUUUGCAAUAUAUUGUAUCGCAAUACUCACUGUAUUGCAAAAUAUAAAAAGUUGCAAUAAUAUCAAAUCUAGAUAGUAUGGUACCAUAGGGCCACGAGUGAUUCCCACCCCUACAAACAGCCCUGAAUGGUAGCCCAGUCUUUUUUCAAAGCCCCUCUUUUUAACGCUGUCGAAAACAUGAUUACUAUGUCGUACCAUGAUACUAACUCAGGUUUUAAGGGGAAGACGAUGAAAAUACUUCAUUAAAAACUUUUUUUUUUUUUUAUGAUGAUGUUUUAUUUCUAGUUGAUAACACUUUGGAUGAAAAUGACCUUUGCCCUCCAUGCCCCCCUCCCUCUGUAGUAACAGCCAUAACCAGAAGGUUCAGAUGCACAUGAUGGACCUGAUGAGUUCAAUCAUCAUGGAGGGAGACGGAGUCACACAGGAGCUUCUGGACACCAUCCUCAUAAACCUUAUUCCUGCACACAAGGUACACAAAAAAUCAUGACUUUUUCCUCUCCCUUUGUAGAUCAUUUAAACUAAAAAUGAAAUCGGAAAAUAAAUGACACACAAUUAAAAAAAAAAAAAACUUAAUUAUGAAACUGGAUUAGACUUAACAAUCAGCGAUUUUUGUGUAUGUUCAGUAAAGACUCUGUGAUUAGAAUUUAAAUAUAAAUCUGUCUUACUUUGUCAGUCAUUCUCUUUCACUUCUUUACAUUUUCUUUGUUCCAGCCUCUGAAUUGAAAACUGUUCUUAUUCAUCCUCACAAAGAGAGGCUUUUGUACUAUGUAUUAUCCUAUUUUGAAUACUUCUGAAGCAAAAACCAAAUAAUAAAAUCAGUCUUUAAUCUAUCUUUGCGCAGAAUCUGAACAAGCAGGCAUACGAUCUAGCAAAGACUCUUCUGAAGAGGACGGUUCAGACCAUAGAGACGUGCAUUGCAAACGUGAGUUCUCUCUCUUUGGUUGUCAAACUCUGUCUCCAAAAAGUUAUUUAAAAAAAAAUGUUUGGAAUAAAAUAUUUGUGUUUUUUUUUUUGUCAGUUCUUCAACCAGGUUUUAGUGAUGGGAAAGUCAUCAGUCAGCGACCUAUCAGAGCACGUCUUUGAUCUCAUCCAGGAACUGUUUGCCAUCGACCCCAUGCUGUUAACCUCUGUCAUGCCGCAGCUGGAAUUCAAACUGAAGGUUAACUCAACACACUCACUCACUCACAGUCACCUCAAAUGACAGACAAGCAUUUUAUCUCUAUGCACAAAGAAGUUUCGGUCCAAUUUUACCCCCACUCCAACCGUUACAGUUUACAUAUCAUGUUAAAGAAGAAGUUAAAUCUAUAGCAGUGAUUCAAUUUUUGCUUAUCAUUUUUAGCGCUCUUUUAAUAAUGAUAAAACUGCCUGAUUUUUCAGCCUUGGUAAAUAUAAAUAUUACUGUUAACAAAUGUUGAAGUGGAUUUGUCACAUAACUAAGGUAACGUAUGUAUGCUUUCCUGUCUUGAAGACUAAGCAGCAGUAAAGUUCACAUAACUUUGAAAGGUCCCAAAAAAUUGUUGUUGUUUUUUAUUCUUGGCCAUUCUGUGUCUGCAGAGCAAUGACGGUGAGGAGCGUCUAGCUGUUGUUCGGCUGCUGGCCAAGUUGUUUGGGGCCAAAGACUCAGAGCUGGCCUCACAGAACAGACCACUGUGGCAGUGCUUCUUAGGACGGUGAGUGAAAAGUGGACCACACACACAAACAGCUUAGAUCAAGAAUGUGACGUGUUUAGCUCAUCAUUUUUGAAAGAAAGGAAAUUAUUUAACCUUUGUACGAAGAGAAAAAUUACAAGAUUUGAAAACUUAAAAGAUUACAAAAUCAUAAGAGAUAAAUAUUUGAACUGUUUUGUAAAUAUAUUCCAUCAUUAAUGAUUUUUAGUCUGUAAAACUCAAAAGGCCAAAGCAGGAAUUCCCCUCAUCAUUUUCCAGGAAAAACAGUUUGGAAAACCCUGGAGAUGGCAAUUUUAAGACUUCAUUCUUGGCUCAGACAUGAGGAUGGAUGUCAUGUAGAAAAAAGAAGCACAUUUUAUGAACGUUGUUUCAUGAAGGUUGAGUUUAUCUGAAUUAUUGGAUCCCCAUAAUAAGAAUAAAAGGGGGAAGGCUGUGCACAAGUGAAUAAUUACCUUCCUCUAAAAUGAGCUCAGUUUUGCUGAGACACUGAGUUUGUCUUCACUGCUGAUCGCCUGCUUGCUUGGCCGCUUUCUCAAAGUAUGAUUAAUAAUAUGCCAAAUCUCAUUAUGUCUGACUGAUGCUUUUCAACAGGUUCAAUGACAUUCACGUUCCAGUCAGGCUGGAGUGUGUAAAGUUUGCCAGCCACUGCCUGAUGAACCACCCAGACCUGGCCCGGGACCUGACAGGUAAGCCUUACACCUUUUUGUGUUUUUGUGUCUCUCAUUUCUUUCUGAUUCGUCGCUUCCUUACACAUUAUGCUCUGAGCAUAAACUGAGUCCGUCUUAUUCCCCCUAAUUUUCCAAUCAGAGUACCUGAAGGUGCGUUCACAUGACCCAGAGGAAGCCAUCCGUCAUGAUGUCAUUGUCACCAUCAUCAACGCUGGGAAGAAAGAUCUCAACUUGGUCAAUGACCAGCUGUUGGGCUUCGUACGAGAAAGGACUUUGGACAAAAGGGUAAGACUGAUUUUUUCUUCUAUCUGGGACUUUAAAGGGAUAUUCCAGCGUAAAAUUAAGUUAGGGUCAAACACACCGUAACACCGAGUUAGACACCCCCUCGAGAGAUGAAUGUUGCUGACCACUUGCUUCUCUAGUUAUACCAACUUUAGUAACAACCGCGCAAUAGCAAUACAGAGAGCCAUGUACUUAACCAAAACGCCACUCUAUAGCCACAAAUAGAACAGCACCUAACUUCAUCAACAGGACAUAUGGGGUCCCAGUCAGAGUAUUGGCCACCAAACAUCUUUUUAAAUUUGCCUGAUUUCUUUAGCAAAGAGACUAAACACAACUCAUCCACUCUCUUCCAGCAGCUUGUUUGUAUUGAGACCUCAGGCGAGUCCAUCGACUACAGCGGGGUGACGCAGCUCAAGGAAGAACAUUUAUGAUCAUGACUUUAUCAUUUCCUUGAAGUAAUAAUCACCAUAUUAAUCAUUUUGCACUGCAGACGUGGUAGUUCUUCUGCCUUAGCGUCUCGGUCUGAUUGUAUUUCCAUGAGGAAAUGAUCAUAAAUGUUCUUCCUUGAGCUGCGUCCCCCUGCUGCAGUCGAUGGACUCGCCUGAGGUGUACAUACAAACAAGCUGCUGCUGGAAGAGAGUAGGUGAGUUGAGUUUAGUCUCUUUGCCAAAGAAAUCAGGCAAAGUGAAAAAGAUGUUUGGUGACUAGUGCUGUGGCUGGGACCCUAUAUGUCCUGUUGAUGAAGUUAGGUGCUGUUCUGAGGAUUAUUUGUGGCUAUAGAGUGGCGUUUUGGUUGAGCCCGUGGCUCUCUGUAUUUCUAUCCUGCGGUCGUUACUAAAGUUGGUAUAACUAGAGAAGGAAGUGGUCGGCAACAUUCAUCUCUGGAGGGGGGUCUAACUCGGUGUUGCGGUGUGUUUGACCCUAAAUUAAUUUUACGCCUGAAUAGCCCUUUAAAUGUGAUGAUAUUAUUAUGCAGGUGGAUUUUUUUGUUUUUCUUCAUGCUCAGGCUUUUUGUUUUUAUUGACAUUACAAAGUCAGCUCAUAUAUUAUUCAGUCAGUCUGGUUCUUGGCAGUCAUAGGUCUAGUCCAGGGGUCGGCAACCUUAAACACUCAAAGAGCCACUUGGACCAGUUUCCCACAGAAAAGAAAACACAGGGAGCCACAAAACCUCUUUGACAUCUAAAAUGAAGAUUUUUUUUUUUUUAACCUUUAUACAAAGUAUAUAAAAAACUGUAGCGAGUUGCAUUUAUGAAAUAAAUGAACUAUUUCGGCGAGUGUCUGUCUUCUUCUGUAGUUAAACCGCAAGAUAUCAAAAUCUACCCGGAUACAGCAAUGCUGCUUUUUGAUUGGCUGUUCAGUAGAUAUACUUUAUUUGAUUGGCUUGUGCGUGGCACGCAGCUUCUGAACUCUCGGAGGAACUCAGUUGAUUUCCCCCAGUUCCGUAGUUGAAGAAGUGCAACUUGGUGGACAUCACCGUGUUCAUUUGAGUGCGUGAGAAAUACAAUGUGUGGCGUGUGAGCGUGUGAACGAGUGGGAAUGCGUGUGUCAUACGCUGAAUGCGUGAGACUUGAGAGCCCUGUGCUCACGCAUCAUCGAUGUACCCCCGAGCCAUGCAGAACGGUCUUUGCAAAUGUUGCACUGAACGCCUUCCUUUUCAGUCUUGGUGAACUUUUCCCACACCACUGAUGUUUUAGGUCGGGAUUUGGGUUGGGUUGUGUCCAUGUUUUUCUCAGCCGCUGCCUCGGCCAUGGCUGUUUCUUUUCUGUGCGUCCUGCUGAUGUUUACACGCCGGUGUCCAUGGACAUAUAUAAAGACCCGACGAAUCGAUUACAGAAUUUGUUGGCAACGGAUUUUUUCGUCACGACGAAUCUACUUAAUCGAUUCGUUGUUGCAGCCUUAAUAGUUUAUUUAAUGUUACAAGAGCAUUAUAAUCUUUGAAUUUAGAAUUACAAAAAAAAAUAAUAAUAAAAUAAAAUAAAAUGCAAUUAAGUAUUUAUUAUUUAUUUUCCAAAUCCUUUGGGAGCCGCAGCUUAGGGAAGAAAGAGCCGCGGGUUGCCGACCCCUGGUCUAGUCUUUUAUUGCUUGUCACCUUCAUCCAGCACAGCUGUACAUUAGUUGCUUUUCUCAGUCUUCAACAAAUGUAGGUUGACUUUCCUCAUCUUAUUCCUGUUGUUUUUCUGCCUUUUUUAGUGGCGUGUUCGUAAGGAAGCCAUGAUGGGCCUGGCUCAGCUUUUCAAGAAAUACUGUCUGCACCAUGAGGCAGGAAAAGAGUCUGCAGCCAAGAUCAGCUGGAUCAAAGAUAAACUGCUGCACAUCUACUAUCAAAACAGCAUUGAUGACAAGUGAGUGUGAUGCAUGGACAUAAAAAAGCUUGAUUUUGAAAAGAACUGCAUGGCUGCUUUUGAUGUUUUGACCCUGAGACAUAUCAAAUACCUAACUAACUUAAAAGGCUUCCACUGACCCUAAGUCCAUGCUUAGUGAAUUGUGUUUGUGGGAAGCUUUUUUAAGAAAAACUGGCAAUCAGUUUUGAACCAACUAAUGCAAUCACUUUUUCACGGAGAGAAAAUGUGAUAGUUUGAGCAAAUCACUGAUGAUAUCAGUAAUUUUGACAGAAGCUCUCUGCUCAUUUCCUCCAGGUUAUUAGUGGAGAAGAUCUUUGCUCAGUACAUGGUCCCUCAUAGUCUUGACACAGAGGAGAAGAUGAAGUGUCUGUACUACCUGUAUGCCUGUCUGGACACAAAUGCUGUCAAGUAAGUAAACAUGCAUUAAAUCCUUGCAAAUCAUAUGUUUUGAAAGGACCUUUUUGAUUUUAGUCUGCAAUAUACCUACUCACAUUUUGAGAACAUAUAAUACAAUGGCACAGUAACAAGGACACCCGACCCCCCAAACAAAUAGAACACGAGGAUGUAAACACGUACUUUUUAAGACGACGUUAUAUUGAUUGCCCUCUGUUUUUUGUUUCUGGUGUAACUCAUCUUUGCUCUCAGGGCACUGAAUGAGAUGUGGAAGUGUCAGAACAUGCUCAGAGGCCUCGUCAAGGAGCUGCUUGACCUCCACAAGCUGCCAGUGGUGAGAUUACAGAUACCAAUUUUAGCAUCUUCCUCCAUGUCAUGUGAAAUGUGAACAUCUCUGACAGUUUUCUUUCUUUUUACCCCCAACAGUCAGAAGCAAACAACAAUGCCAUGUUCGGGAAGCUGAUGUGCAUUGCAAGUAAGUUCAAAACCCAGCAACCAUAUUCUCUUGUCCUUUCAUCCAAAUGAAACAGGUUCAGCUCCCGUCUGUGACUAACUUCCUUUUUUUGUCUUUACUUUGUGAUUCUUAGAAAAUCUGCCAGAUGCAGGAAAGGCCAAAGACUUCAUGAAGAAAUUCAACCAGGUUCUUGGUGAGGAUGAGAAGCUCAGAGUCCAGCUUGAGAUGCUCAUCAGCCCAACCUGCUCCUGCAAACAGGCUGAGAUAUGUGUGGUGCGUGGACACUGAACACAAUGAUCACACACAAACACACAAAAACAAAACAUACAGGUUUUCCAAACGUCCUUGACUCACUUAACCACAGCCAGCUACUUUCUGUUGUUUAUUCCGGUGUCUGGGGUCUUGUCCUCCAUCCCCUGUCCAGGUCUUCCUUUUUUCAACUGGCUGACUGCUCCAUAUGUUUGUGGAAAGCCCUGCAUACACUAGAGUGUGAACACUGUUAACAUGUUCAUAAAAACACAAGGCUCAAUGCCAUACGUUUGUUUUGGAGACCAUGUUAUGAACUUAAACACUAAAAAAAUGUCUUUUUUUUAUUUGGGUUUAGCAGUACGGUCCUAUGCCUUAAUGUAAAUGCAAAUGAAUGAGUACAAAUCCAUAUAGUUUGUUAUUAAUGAUGUGUUAUUUAUGUGUGCAGAGGGAGAUCACCAGGAAGUUGACAUUCCCCAAACAACCUACCAAUCCAUUCCUGGAGAUGGUGAAGUUCCUCCUGGAGCGCAUUGCCCCCGUCCACAUCGACUCUGAGGCCAUCAGGUCAGAUGAAUUCUGUUUGUGAUCAAACUGCAAUGACUUGCUGAGGUUUCAUAACAAACCACAAAUUGAGCGCAUCAUCUCGUUGUUAUUCUUAUACCGAUCAAAUGGAUUAUAAUCGGGUCGACGGUACAAACACAAACAGGCGGUCAUGAGACUGAUGGCCUGUACUCCACUCUCUGAGACACAAGGAGAGCAUGAAGCUGUGUGUCAUUGUGUGAUCUCAUGAACAGGCUUUUCUCAUUCACUGAGACACCUUGUGGCGAUGAAGUGUAACUGCAGGCCUUACACAGGGAACAAGUUUAACCCUUUCUGCUUUAUGGAAAAACACCAAGGAUGAGGAAACUCACGCUGAAUGACUUCAGGGGUCAAAGUUCCACGGUGUAACCCGUCUCAUCUGUCUAAUAGAUGCCUUUGUGUUCUUCUGGAAGUGUACGUUUUUGUCGUGUAACACAUGAAGCUGUAAAGGACUUGAAGAGAGUGAUGAUUCUUCUGUUUUCUUUUAGUGCUCUGGUGAAACUGCUGAACAAAUCCAUUGAGGGCACAGCUGAUGACGAUGAGGAAGGUGUUACCCCUGACACAGCCAUCCGAGCUGGGCUUGAGCUGCUCAAGGUACACAACACAGACAAAUGUGUGACUACUAAUAAUAGAGAUGUAAACAUACCAAAAGGUGGUUUGAUCCUUUAGACUUAAGUUGAACAAAAUAAUGUUGGAAAAUUAUAGACUCGACUCUUUCUCUGCUGUUUGUAGGUGCUGUCCUUCACUCAUCCAACUGCAUUCCACUCGGCAGAAACCUAUGAGUCUCUGCUCCAGUGUUUAAAGAUGGAAGACGAGAAAGUGGCUGAGGCAGCCAUCCAGAUUUUCAGAAAUACAGGGCAGAAGAUUGAGACGGAGCUCCAGCAGAUAAGAUCGUGAGAGAAUCUAUAUCAGACUUAUAAGUGAUGAAUAAACAAACGGUUCUCUGUUGUACAAGUCAAGACUCGGGCGCCGUCAUAGUCAGUAAUAGAUUGAAUGAAGAGAAAAAUCUGCUUUGUUUGACCCUAAUGUCCAUAUUCACAUGCCACCAGGACUCUGAUUCCCAUCCUGCACCAGAAAGCCAAGCGGGGCACGCCUCACCAGGCCAAGCAGGCCGUCCACUGUAUCCACGCCAUCUUUAACAACAAAGAAGUGCAGCUGGCGCAGAUUUUUGAGGUAGGGGGACUAUUAACUAACUUUUUUCACUUACAGGAAUAAUCUUCAUGUUACAAACAGUAAAUUAAUCUACUUAAAUUAAAAUGACACAGGAUUUUCAUGUCUUAAGUUCAUGUCUUUGUGUCGUCUCUUCCUUCUCCCUCAGCCUCUGUCACGUAGUCUAAAUGCAGACGUCCCAGAGCAGCUGAUUACUCCCCUCGUGUCGUUGGGCCACAUCUCCAUGCUGGCUCCAGAUCAGUUUGCUUCACCGAUGAAGUCCAUUGUCGCUAACUUCAUUGUGAAGGAUUUGCUCAUGAAUGACCGGGUAGGUGCAGAUGACAUAGAGCACCACUGUUACAGUUGUAAUUUCACACUUCUGUAUCUAUACUAAUAACUAAAACUGCAAUAUUUAAAUGUUCAUCAUUUACUACCAGGUAGAAACAUGCUCAGUCUUGGAUCAUAUUGGGUAUAUGAAAAUAAUGUGACUGAUGUGCUGUCAUGUGUGCAGUCAGUGGGAAACAAAAAUGGAAAGCUGUGGUCCACUGAUGAGGAGGUUUCACCUGAGGUCCUCGCCAAGGUAAGAGACAUGCAGCUGUUAUCUCACCUUCUUAAUCAUACAGUGGGCUACUUUUCUUAUACUCAUCUUUGGUCUUUCAAAAUGCUUGUAAUGAAAAGGGAUUUCUAUUGUAGAGACAAACAGAUCUCACUUUGCCUAAUGAUGCAUGUUCAUCCUGUUUCCCAGGUCCAGGCCAUCAAGCUGCUGGUGCGCUGGUUACUAGGGAUGAAGAACAACCAAUCCAAGUCAGCAAACUCAACUCUACGCCUGCUGUCAGCCAUGCUGGUUAGUGAGGGAGACCUCACAGAGCAGAAGAAGAUCAGGUAAUUCAAAAGGCUGGAGAUGAUAUUGUGUCAGCGUAGAUAGAAAGUAGCUGAACUUGAAUGGAGACUGGAGUUUGUUAGCUUUAUAGCAGUGGUUCUCCAGUCCAGUCCUCGAGCCCCCCGUCCUGCAUGUUUUAGAUGUUUCCUUGUUCCAACACACCUGAUUCAAAUGAUGAGCUCGUUAUUAAGCCAUUACAGAGCCAAUAACGAGCUGAUCAUUUGAAUCAGGUGUGUUGGAGCAGGGAAACAUCCAAAACAUGCAGGACAGUGGGCCUCGAGGACGCGACUUGAGAACCACUGCUUGAUAGCAAGUUUAAGUAAACAUUUUUCCAUCCACUAUCAUUUUCAAAGUGAACUGGCUGCUCUUAACUAUGGUAUAAAUUAAUUUAUAAUACAAAGGUCGACAAAAGACAAACAAUUUUUCUCCCCUGCUCUUUGUUGUCUCUUCCUCCUCACAGUAAGUCGGACAUGUCUCGCCUGAGGCUGGCUGCAGGUGGAGCCAUCAUGAAGUUGGCCCAGGAGCCCUGUUACCAUGACAUCAUCACGCCCGAACAGUAUCAGCUGUGCGGCCUUGUUAUCAAUGUCAGUUGAACCUUUUGUAAUUUUGACAGUUUGUGUUCUGGUAUUGUGCGUGCAGGCUUGUUGUCAUAAAAGAUGCUGUUUGUUAAAGGCACCACAACUUCUCUUUGAACAUGUUCACUGUCAAAAUGCCUAUUUUCAUGUGUACAGUACAACACAAUACAGAACAAUAAUUGUGUGCACAACAAGGACAGCCUAUUCUCUGUAAUGUGUGACAGUAAAUAUCACAGUUAGCUAGCAUGAGUCAUCUUUUUCUCUCUUUUAAAAUGAGUUGUACACAUGAAGUGUAAUUUUGUGUAAUGCUCUUAUGGUGCAGGAUGAGUGCUACCAGGUCCGGCAGAUAUUCGCUCAGAAGUUACACCUGGCCCUGGUCAAACUGAUGCUGCCCCUGGAGUACCUGGCUGUCUUUGCCCUGUGUGCAAAGGACCCGGUAAAGGAGCGCCGUGCUCACGCUCGACAGUGCCUCCUCAAAAACAUUUCCGUCCGCAGAGAGUACAUCAAACAAAACUCAGUCACUCAGGGUGAGUGUUUAACAGCUGGAUUUGUUUUUAUCAUGUGGCUUCAAACGCUCUGACAGGUAUCAGCGUGUGCACUGUUAGAAAGAAUGCAGGACUGUGCAAGACCCAAUAAAAAGGUGUCCAUCCCUGUCACUCAGAGUUUAGCAGCAUCUUUAGAAAAUCUGGGAAAGAGAAUGUGAAUUAAUUAGUUUCACUCCACUCUAGUGAACACCUGAUAGAAGAUUGUGAUUCAAUUUUUUUUCAAUUUGAAAGUCAAGAAGUCGUUGAAACACAGAAAACUGUAAAACAAAAGACACUGAAACUUGAUUUUCUCUCUCUCGUCAGAUAAAAUGGUCUCUGUCCUACCUGAGUACGUCGUUCCCUACAUGAUCCACCUGCUGGCCCACGACCCAGACUUCACAAAACCACAGGAAUAUGAACAGCUUAAAGACAUCAAAGAGUGAGUGCUGACAUGUUGUGUUUUCUCAGCGAACUCUGGACCUGAUGGUGCAGCCUUUUUUUUCAAUCAUAUUUUGUAUAGACUUCUUUGAAAAAGGUAAAAAUUAGACCUGAAUCUGCAGCACUGUAGUUUGACUUUUUAAAGGGCUGUUUUCCUUUAUUUAGAGAGCACAGUGGAUAGAUCAAGAAAUGGGGAGAGAGAGGGGAAUGACAUGCGGUAAAGGGGCCGCUGGAAUAGAAUAUGAGGAUCAUUACCCCCGUACAUGGGAAGUGCACUACUAGGGGCCCCCUAGUGUUCUUAUUUUGCUGUUGCUCAUGUUUACAGGUGCCUGUGGUUCAUGUUGGAAGUGCUGAUGACGAAGAAUGAGAACAACAGUCAUGCAUUUUUACGGAAGAUGGUAGAGAACAUCAAACAGACCAAGGAUGCGCAGUGUCCAGAUGACGCGAAGGCCAACGAGGUAUUCACACAAACGUUGUAGUGAAGUGUGAGAAAAGACAGACUGGUUUGUAGAUCUGGAAUCUUAUUAACUUCUGGAUCAAAACUAAACCCUCCAGACUCUGACUAUAUCACAUCUGCUCUUUUCACACAGACAAAACAGUUGCCUUAGGAACUAUUCUUAUAUCUCUUUGUCUUUCUUUGACAUUUGGCUACAACAUCAUACGAUCACAUGCGCUGAUGGCUGGUUUUUUUUAAUAAUUCAUGCCAGAUUUGAUCACUUUGAGCAUUAAAAAUCUUGUCUCUGCGGUGUAUAGACGUCCAAAAGGAUUUUCAAAUCAUUGUAAACUGUUUUUAUUCAUGUUUUAUACAAUCUCCCUACAUCGUUAGAAUUGGUGUUUAUGUAUUGCAGCUUGUCAUUAUCCUCAUGAUUGUCUCCUACUAUUAGAGUGUUUUGAAAACUGUCUGAUUUCUGGUUCCCAUGAAAGCAGGUCUUGUUAAGCAAACAUCGUAGCAAAUAAUCAGAACACCGUGCCCUGUAUUGUUUUGGUUACAGAAGCUGUAUAUUGUUUGCGAUGUUGCCCUCUUCGUUAUCGCCAAUAAGAGCACUGCCUGUCACCUGGAUUUCCCAAAAGACCCCGUUCUACCCUCCAAGUUCUUCAUCGUACAGGAUAAGGUAACAUCUACUCUCUUGUUGUCACAUGAUCACAGGUGGAGAGUUAUUAAACGUGAGCUUAUGAAAGUUUUCCCACUGUGAUUCUCUUUACAGGACUUCAAAAACGAUAAAGAGUAUCUCUCAUCAGAUAUGAGACAAAUGCUGCUCACAGGAAAGGUAAACACAAAACACUCGAAACUUUCAAGACCACAAUCGUCAAGAGCAACACUCAGUGUCGCUCCAGUUUCCUCAGAGGUCCAUAUCUUACAAAACUUUUAACCGAUAGCAUUAAAUUCGUUAAUAUCAGAAGUGAUUAGAAUUGUUAUGUAAAUUAUUAGUAAUGCUUUCUUUAUUACCAGGUAAUUAACAGUUAAGUACCUAGUAACAACAUGAAAUUAUCUGGUAAUUACAUGAUAACUACUAAGUCAAUACUGUCUAUCUACCAGGUAGGUAACCUUCCAUCAUCAUACAAAUUUGAAGCUGAAUUGCUCUGGUAUUUCCAGGAUUUUCUCCGCUUCCUGGAACCACCACUUGCGCAGUAGCGUUGUACGCAUUCGGCGGGUGAGUCGCUGUGAUGACGCUCGGCUCAAACAGCGUAUCGCUACGCAAUCUUCGUACGCCCAUAGGCUGUAUCAAGUGUCAAUCAUAGAAAAUAAGAACCCCAAAUAGCUUUUGAAAAUGGAGCUGCACUGAAAAAAAGAGAAAAAGAAAAACUAGACAGUAUUGACUUAGUAGUUAACGUGUAAUUACCAGAUAAUUCCAUGUUGUUACUAGGUAAUUACCUGGUAAUAAGUAUACCGUAAAAGAAAACGUUACCGAAUUAUUCAAUGGUGAUUAUUCAGCUCUGGGUGAAAAAAAAAACGUUGUUUUAACUUGGAUAAGUUCAGAAUAAUAAAGCCAGUGCAUACGUCUGUCACUGUGUUUCAAAGGAGUACUGAUAAGAACUGAUCAAUAAUCACUAAUUAGUCCUCUGCAAAACAUUGAUCAAAACUUCGAUAAGGAUCUAAGCUAAUACAUGCUGACGGGCCGAUCAACUCUAUCUUGUAACUCCUGUGUAGCCUAAACCAGCGCCGGUGUUGAGCGCUGUGAAUAAGCCUCUGACAGUACCAGGGAAGAGGCUCUUCAUCAAGACCACCCCCGCCUCAGACACAGCCAGUAACACCAGCACUAACUCCACCCCACUAAGCUCCACAACCAUCAAUAAGAACAGGUACCACUACCAGCAUGAAUGCAUUCACAUAUGAACACAUCCAAAAUAAAAACUGCUGGCUUCAGUUGUGUGACUUUUUAAAGAAUGUCUUGUAAUAACAGCAACACAGCCACUGAGUCGUCAGAGAGCCGGGCGCAGGAAAACAACGAGAACCCUGUGAUCAAGAAUGACGAGGGCAAGAAGGUGAAUUCAGAUGGGACGACCAAAUGACAAUCGAAUUGUGUCAGCUGAAAUGUUUCACUAAUUGAGCUGUCCUCAACUGUCUCUCAGGUGGAGCCCAGCCAGAACAAGACCCCUGACGCCGAGACAGAAGCUUCACCUGUCAAACGGCGUGGCCGUCCUCCUAAAUCGACCACUGCUGCACCUACAGGGGCUGACAAAGAGGGAGCAGCAGUACCUACAGGGGCUGGCAGAGGAAGAAAGCGAGCAGCAGAUCCCAACUCCAACCCAUCAACAGACUCGAUCAACGCCAAGAUGUCAAAACAGCAGAAUGACGAAGGGACAAAGAGACAGAUUGACUUGCAGAGGUGAGAGUGAAGAGAGACACACAAAGAGAAAUAAGGUCGUUGUAUUUGCAGCGUCAUGUAUUUGUAAAGUUGGUUGAUAUGAGACACAUCAGGAACUGGCAUGGAAAGGUUUAAAGGUGAUGCUUUGAGCUUUGUAGUGUGUCUCCGUCCACAGGUGUCCUAUCAUACUUCAGAUGUUUAACAUCUUCUCUUUAGUUGGCUAUUUGUGAGCAAAGAUAUGGAACACCUGAGAGUGUGGGGGCCUGGAGAAGAGACAGGGAGAGCUGUAGGGUCAUCCACCCACCACCUAGGCAGUGAGGGUGACACUGAGAAAGAGCUGGAAUCCAGCCCAGAGGGCGUUAUCUGUGACAGGAAGGAGAGAGAGAGAGAGAGAGAGAUCCACCCAGGGAGAUAUCGAGUCCACAAAGAGGAGAGAUCAGGGAGUGUACGACGGUAAUGACAGGACAGGCAGGCUGGCAGUGAGUCUCUGGAAGUCUCUGAACAGAUCACCCUCACACAAUGACUUAGUUUUUUAGAGACAUAGUUUCAGAGAUAAAUCAGGUAUCAGUACUGAACCCUCACACACACUGAUGAUGACAGAUUUGCAGUGAGUGAGAGUGGGGGACGGUGGGACAUAUUACCAUGAUAUCACAAGUUGCUCAUAAACAAGAAGCUCCAUUGGAUAACAUGAAAAGAGCCCACCUUAAUGGUUAUUUACAUUGAUUCCAACAAAGUGUUAAUUCAUGUUAAAACUGCAGGUCCACCACAACUAGAUAAAGGAAGCAUCAGAAAUGAUGUCUGCUGUGAGGAAAACUUGUGUUAAGAUGAUGAAACUGAGUCCAUAUUUUGUCUUUCAGGUAAAGAGGAAACCAGUGAAGACGAAAUCAAGACGGUAGAGAAAAUGGGCCAGACUCUUCCUCAUACCUUCUUUACCCUGCGCACAUGCUCUCUGACCUUUAAAGCUUUCAUGGACACAUUAGGGACCUUUCUUAAAAACACACAUGUAUACACACAUAUACACACACACACACACACCACUGACAUCCUAGAAGGUUUUAAAUACCUUAAUAGUCAUUAUUUGAACUCAUUGUAUGUAGGUCUUAAAAAAACCAUGUUAUUUUUUUUCUUUUUGUGUUUGUUGCUCUUUGCUUCUUUUGUGGAGCCAUUUUUAAGAAAAAAAAAAACAGGAUGGACAUUUUACAAACGUUUUAAUCUGGUUAUGAUUGUUGCUUAUUAAAUUCCCUGGGGAAAAAAUCCUAAAUUAUGUGUCCUGACCUUUUCCUCUUUGCUCCUCACAUCGUUUUUUACAGGUUUUUUUCUCUUUUACAGUCCUCUAUUGUGAACCCCUUCAUGCUACUUAGCGGUUAAACAAUUUGAAUAGCCAGCGUGAGGAAAAUCUGCUGCAGAUAUGUCCUAAUGCCAACAUCCUUUCAAUUCUGUUGUAAUCGGAUGCUUUAGCUGGGUAAUGGCGUCGCAAGGCCAGCUAGAAACUCCCAAUCUGUUGUUGAACUUCCAUUUUUAGGUGAUUGGUGUGUGUUUGGGUUUAUUUUCAACAUGUUUACGGGCAAUGUAAGUUGUCAAAUGUUCCUGGACACUUCUCACAGCCAAGGCUGGUCAGGAGUCAGGGGGGAAACUUGCAGGGUUUUCAAAAGUACGUCUAUUCUCUUGAUAUUUGAUUUUUUUUUUUCCAGAAAAAAUAAAUUGCAUUUAGAUUGUACUA